AUGGCACACACACCGCAGACGAUGCGGUCCCUCGUCGCACCGAAGCGAUGCACGCCCGCUGGCUACGAGGUUCAAGAGAUGGCCACGGCGCAGAUAACGAUGCCGACCCAGGUGCUGAUUCGUGUGCGCGCGGCCUCGGUCAGCCCAGGAGAGCUGCAGGCACUGGCGGGCAUCAUGUCGGGAUUCAUCGCGAAAGAGUUCCCCUUCAAGAUAGGCCUCGAGGGCGCCGGCGUCGUCGUCGCCGUCGGCUCCGAAGUGAAGUCGCUCAAUGUCGGCUCCGAGGUCUACGGCCUGUGCGUGGACAAGCCCAUGUUCCGGAUGGCCGUGCCGCCCGGUUUCGCGUCGGAAUACGCCGUGGCGGAGGAGCGAUUCCUUCUGCCGAAGCCGGCAUCGGUGUCGUUCGAGGAGGCGGCAGCGGCGGCCGGCUCUAUCACGACGGCACUGCAGACCAUCCGCCGCGGCCUCCAGCUGGGCGGUCUCGAGAGCCUCGAGGGCAAGACGGUGUUUGUCCCCGCCGGCUUGGGCGCCACGGGAUCGGUGGCCGUGCAGAUGGCCAAGAAGGUCUUUGGCGCGAGCCGGAUCAUCACGACGGUAUCGACGGCAAAGGUGCCGCUGGUGGAACGGCUGCUUCCGGGCAUUGUGGAUCUCGUCAUCGACUACAAGACGCAAAAGUUGGACGAGCUCGUGCCGAGGGGCAGCGUCGACUUCAUGUACAACACGACAUUCGCGACCAUGGACGCCGGGAUACCACUUCUCAAGCCGGACACGGGAAUCCUCAUGUCCAUCGCGAGCGUGCCGUCCAAGGCGGUGAUGCGGGAGAUCAUGGGCGCCGACAGGUUCCCACGCUUGCUGGGCCUGCUGCUAGACCUGUGCCAGCUGUGGUACCGGUGGAAGCUUCGCGGGACGAACAUCAAGUACGAGUUCGUCUCCGGAGGCGUGCAGAUUCGCGAGGACCUGGAGAAGGCGGGCGAAAUUCUGGCGGUUGGCAAGGUGAAACCGGUGGUGAGGGGCGUCGACCUCGACGACUUGGAAGCGGUGCGGACGGGGUGCGAGGCCGUCAGGACGGGGAGGGGGGGCACGGGGAAGUUUGUCAUCCGCCCGAAACCGAUCUGA